CAAAUUUCGCCCAUGAUCUGUACGACAAGGGGUUUCGGGGACUCAGGGAUGAAACCCUAAUCGCUUCUCUAGUACUCUCCUCUAAAAUGUCUUCUUCUUCGUCUUCGGUGAUACCAUGGAGGUGGGUAAUUGAAUACCUAGCCGACGUUCCAGAUGUGGGCACCUCCAUCCUGAGCGCUCUGGUCGAUAGGUUUCCGGAAGUGCUGGCUAAUUCUUUCGGCGCUGUAAAAGAGAGGCUUUCUCUGAGAUACCUUGAAGAGGGCUCGGGUAUGGCCAGCGGAGAGACGCCACCGGCUGUGGCUACCAAUGCUCCUUCGACGUCGGCUUCUGCCGCGAAGAUUGAUGCGGCCCUAACGUGCGAGGAGGUUCUGCUGUCAAAAAAAAAAAUUACUAUAUUAGGUGGCCACAACAAAUGUUGAUGUGAGGGGAAAAGCUGGCCUUGAUGGUGGUGAUCUUCACAAAUUUAUUCUCCUAAAAAGGGCGACACUUCCAAAAUCUUCUAUUGAUUUGCUAAAGGAGAUAGUUCUAAGAAGCUAUCAUCCUGAUUUCUCAUACUCAAAGGAAUGCAAUGGUUUGCUUAAAGUCUCAAGAUCUGUUCGUGUAGAUCAUCACACUUCUAACAAUCAUAGUGAUCAUGAUAGCAUAAAGAAAAAUCUAAGAACCAUGAAGUAUGCGAGCCCAUGGAUGAAGAAGCUUACUAUUAUUAGGAAAUAUAGAAAAUUGAAAAAACUAGUGAAUAAUACAGCUUUGAGUACUGUCGGUGGAGCUUCACCAAAAAUUUCUAGUACCCUGCAGCAUUUCCUGAAGCAACAAGUUCCUGAUGAUGAAAAGAAAAAUCAACAGACUAAUGCUGAUGGCACAUGCAAUGUUCAGUUCCUUGCAACUGAGAAGGCUACAACAAAUACUUGUGAAGAGUUCCAUGAUGGUUGGAUGCAGUCACAGAAAGAUAAUUUAUCAGGCUAUGUUCCUACUCCAAAUGGUGACUCACAUGACUUAGAAGGAUCUCUUCGAUCUAGACAACAAUCUCAAAAGCAAAAUAUUCUGCAUGAUGAUAGAGCUGAUUUCGAAGAAGUAGCUGGUAGCGAUUGUGAUGAUUUGCAGUUGUUGGAGCAGACUUCCAUGCACCAUUCUUCUUCUACACAAAGCUUGUGUAUAAAAUGUGGUAGAAGCGGUCAGCUUUUGAGCUGUCGUGGUGAUAGCUGCUCAAGAUUUAUUCAUAAAAGCUGCUUGGUCCUGUUGGCUGGUGUUGAGAAGAAUGGCCUUUUCUAUUGCCCAUUAUGUACUUAUAGAAAUGCACAUAUGAUGUAUAACAAGUCAAAAAGAACAGCUCAGGAAGCUCGAAGAAACCUUUUCUUAUUUUAUGAUAUUGGUCCAACAGUUCAUGACUUGAAAAGGAAAAAUUCUUCUGCAAAAAUUAUGACAAGAAAUGAGCAGAUAAGUGACAAUCACAACAGCAGUGAGCACCCAGAUUUUCCUUCUAAUCAGCAACUUCAAAACACUUCUGGCGUACAGAAAUACGAUGAUGCUCAAAAUGCUGAAACAAGUAACAGUAAGUUUGUCAGAGACAAUAACCAGGGAAUCACUCAAAAUCAGCAAAAUCAACUUAAUGGUGAGGUUGAUAUGGUCUGUAAGAUUAUAUUGCCUUAUAGAGAAACAAUUGAACACGACGCUCAUAAAGAUGUUCAAGAUACACCCACGAAAUUGAAAAGUGAUCCUGCUAGAGAACAUGAAAGCACUAGAGUAACAGAGAACCAGCAGCAUCUGGAUGAUGAUGGAAUAAAUGACAAUGUUAGUGUACCCUGUGAUAUGAAUGCAUCUCAUGAGAGAAAUGGCGAUAUUUGUGUUACAAACAGUAGAACUAAAGUUUUCAGGGAUCAUUUACAAGUUAAUGAAAUUAAAAACCUGCAUAUUGGUGAUGUAGAUCAGGAACCGAUAUCUUUACAAGCUGCCAAAAGAUCACCUGUGAAGGCCAAAGGGGAGGGGGAUUAUGAUGUGAAAAGAAAGGCUUCAGCUUCACAGAUCAGUGAUAGGUUUGCCAAGCGAAACAGAAGAGCUAAAGCUGUCAAGUUUGGUAAUUAUCAGGGAGUUGUCAAAAAUCAGCAAACGGAUAAUUCAUCUUCUAGAGAUUUAAGGAAGAACAAAUAUUGUUGGCAGAAUCAAGGCAGAAGAAAGGACUCUGUGGUUAACUGGGCUUGGUUUUUGAUGAUGGAGAAAUGUGUUCGAUGUAACUGUGGUAAUUUACUCCGAAACGUUCCCCUAGCAGGAGAAUGAUAUUAAUUUGGAAGCCAGAAGAAGAAAAAUUUUUGGAGGAAGCCAUGCAGAAAAUUCCUAAAAAUGAAGAUGGAGGUAUCCCAUGGACAAAAAUCUUGGAAUAUGGUCGUUUUUUUCUUCAUGAAUCUCGUACAACCAUUGACCUUAAAGAUAAGUGGAGAAAUAUGCAGAAAAAAAAAG